AUGGACCUGAAGAUUCGACUAGCCCUUUUUGCAUCUCACUUUUAUUUCAGUAUAAGCUUCCCUAUCCAGGUGAACACUGAACAAAGCUAUGAAGGAGUUGCCUUCCCAGAGAGUGAGGAAGAAUCUGUUUUUAGUUUAAUUUUAAAAUCCAAUAAAGGCAGCAAGACCCGUUUAUAUGAAGGUGACAUUACCCCAAAAAGACAUCGCAAUGCCAUAGUCUGUCCAUUUAACUGGUGCUUUUGGCCCAAAUCAUCUAAUGGACUCGUCGUCAUCCCCUAUGUCAUCUCUUCUUCCUACACUAAUGAGGAGAAAGCUCUGAUUGUUGGUGCCAUCCAAGAAUAUGAGACCUUGACUUGUAUUCACUUUGUAGACCGCACAACGGAAACUGACUAUAUAUAUAUAGAGGCUGGAGACAGCUGCUGGUCUUACUUUGGAAAGGUUGGGGGCUCCCAGGUGGUGUCGGUGCGCAAAGGGGGUUGCAUGAGAAAAGGAAUCAUUCAGCAUGAACUAAACCAUGCACUAGGGAUGCUGCAUGAACAGAACAGGAACGACAGGGACAAAUACGUAGUGAUUUCAUGGCAGUACAUUAGUCCAGGUGAUUUUUAUCACUUUAAGCCAACCAGAGCUAAUAACCUGGGCCUCAAGUAUGACUAUUCCUCCGUGAUGCACUAUCACAGAUUUGCUUUCUCCAAUACAUCUGGAAAGGCAACCAUUACACCGUUCCAUGACAGCACAGUGCCCAUUGGACAGAGGUUUGGACUGAGUAACCUAGAUGUGGCCAAAAUCAACAAAUUAUAUAAAUGUGUGCAAUGUGGCAAGACUUUAACUGCCAUGAAUGGGAAAUUUGAGUCUCCACUGUAUCCUUCUCACUAUCCUCUGCUAACAGACUGUGCCUGGAUAAUGAUAGCACCAGAAGGAUCCAAGAUAUCAUUGACUAUAUUGUCCUUCCUUCUGGAGGAUUCCUUUCAAUGCCAGCAUGACUGCCUGGUUAUUUACGAUAGAGGUACAAUCACAGCCCGUUCUGAGGGUAAAUACUGUGUGAAUGACAUAGUUCCAGGCUUCCUCUCCUCUGGGAACUCAGUGCUUGUCCAGUUCCACAGUGACUACUUCCUGCAGUAUUUUGGAUUCCAGGCUGAAUACUCAUUCAGUAAAUAUGAAGGCAGUAAGGAACGCAGUGUAAUCUAG